AUGAUACCCGACGCAGACUGCAGCCGUGCUCGUAUUCCCCAAAGUGAGCACAGCUCGUCACUCUGGGCAGCUGGCGCGGCAGCCGGAGAAGCCCAGAUCAGAAACCACCGUGUUCCAGCAGAGAGUGUCUCGCUGAGCUUGUUUGAGCGAGAAUCAGGACAAAAUGGCAUGGCUGUGGUGUGGAGUAGGCAGAAGGCGCCCCUGUGGAGGGCCCCGGUUGUCGGUUGGCGAUUGGCGAUGCUGGGCGUCUGGGACCUGCGCCUUCGACGUGCGCCUCCUGAGAAUCCUGAGAAGACCGGCCCAGCAUUCGGCUCCUUCCCAAACUUUCCACUUGUCUUGCUCUCCUCUCCCACCGUCCUGACCUCCCGACCACGCUCUUUGACCGCCACAACUAAUAAUCGCAUUCUGGCCCUCGUCGCCCGCGCCGCCGCUCGCUCCGUACCCUCCGCUUCACAACCCUGCGCAUCCUGA